AUGAAAACUAAGAUAGUGUCUUUAUUUCUGAAAAGAGAACAUUUAAUAUUACUAUCGAAAAUGCUACAGAUAACAGAUAAUACAACCGAUCAAGACAUACAAAUUUAAAAAAUCGAUUCGCAGAACCAAAAAUCUGAAAAUAGAAUUCUAAAAACAGAAAGGUGGCCAUAAUAAGAUUUGGACUACUUUCAGAAUAGUUUUCUGUAAAUAACAAAUUUAACAUUUUCCUUUUUCAAAUUUCACUUUCCAGCAAAUUCGGCUCUGUAAAUAAAAGAACAUAUAAAAUUUAUUCAUGUUGUAAAGCAAAUCAAUUUUGGUGGAGUCACAAUUGAAGAAGUCUUUAAAUAAUAAAGAGUAAACUAUUAUUUUGUAAAGUAGACUCGUCUCAAUCUAGAAGUAGCCAAAAUUACAAAGUCUGUAAAACUUAUAGAUGAACCAAUCAUGCCAAAACUUAUGAAUUCCAAAAUAGAUCUAGCCUACAUUUAAACCAUUUAGGAUAAGUAUUUCUUUCCCAAAAACAAUGAUUUCAUGACACCCUACUUGAUCCUGAAUUUAAAACCCCACAUUCCAAAAACAACUGUAAGAUAUUAAAACAAAGAACUUUAAUAAAGCAUUACAAGUUUAGAAGACAUUCCACCAUUUCAAUUCAUGAAUACCAAUCUUAUCCAACCAAUACUAAACUAUGAAUCUUUAAAAAAUGGCUUUGAAUAUAAAUUCAAUAAACUUCUGUAAAGGAAUUCAUUAGUCUAAUGUACAAUUAAAAGAUAUUCACACAAAAUCAAAUAAUUUGAAAUCAAAUCUGAAGAUGCUCACAUUGAAGAUUCCCUCAGAGAAAUUAAAAAACUGUUUUAUUCCUAAAUUAAAUAAUUAUGCGAUAAUAAAAUGCCAUCAACUUUAUUAGAUUCUAAUCUUAAAUUUCUACAACCAAAAAAUUGUGAAGAUCCUUCUUGUAAAUUUACACCUAUUUAAACCAUUAAAGAUUUUGAGUCUCUUUUAUUCAAUCAAAUUAAAGAAGAAGAAGAAUCUCAAGAAAUUGUACUUCAUACUAAUUUUAAUGAAUAAACAUCCGAAAGAAAACCUCUAGAUUUUAGAUAAACUCCAAAGCUAUUAUCAUUAAACAUAUCACAAAAAUUCCUUUAAGACUCCACAAUGAAAUAGUUUGAAUCAUAACAACAGUCUGAAAAUGAAUCAAUUAAUAAGCUAGAGGCCAGAUUAAUCAAGCCAUCCCUGAAAUCAUUGGAUCUAAAGUAGUCUGAACUCUUAAAUUAAAGCACUAAUAGGCAUCAAAGAAAACUGCACAAUUCAAAACUUCAAGAACAAAAUGAUAAAUCAUAAUCAAAUCAUAAGUUUUUCAAUAUACCCCUUUAAACUAUCGAACCUCCGAAUCCAUAAACUGAAUCAUAAGCCACAGAAAUUUCUAAAUCCAUAUUUACGAAUAGAAACCUUUAAUAAAAGUCUUUGGAUAGAAUUACUUUAAAGCCGAUAGCUUAUUAAACAGCAAGAAUGAAAGAAAUUAGAGAUUCUAAUAAAGAUAAAAAGGAGACAUCUUUUCCGUAUAUCAAAGAGUCUCUUCCUAUUAUAGGUUUAAAUGUGAAUGAUUCUGAACAAUAAAGAUUGAAAGAAUGUGAGUCCAAAUUUUCAUAACAAGGUAGCUUAUAAAAGAGGAUGUAAACUAAUGAAAAAGAAGAAAACUCAGUAAAAGAGAUAUUAUUAUUCUAAAAAAAAAAUUGUAAUCUGAAGAAUCAAUUGUAACAUUAAUUGAUUUUGCUUACUCGAUCUGAGUAAAUAUUAACCACUUUGAUGUCAAAUGGAUAAAUUAGAGGAACAGAACUCUAUUAAUAAUUAUUAUAGCCUAUUAAAGUUAAUUCUAGUGCUAAAUUCUUAACUCCAAAAAGUAAUAAUCUAAUAUCAAGAACGAAAUUUAAAAAAAUACAACAAGAGAGCAAAAUGUUCAGCCUUAAAUGA